AUGUCAAAUACGGUUAGAGUUGCAUGUGGGCAGUUAUGCUCGUCAUCCAAUUUGCUGUCGAAUGCAAAUAUCGUUAAAAAGUUAAUCCGCAAGGCAGUGACAGCCAAGGCAAAGGUAUUGUUCUUACCAGAAGCCACCGAUUACAUAGCCAAAGAUGCUAUUCAGUCGAUGCAACUAGCACAGUCGAGCCACGAGAAGUUUAUCUCUGAUAUACAAAGGGAAUUGAAGGAGGUGUAUGCGGAUAAUGGUGACGGACUCUUUGUUGCGGUAGGAGUCCAUGAACCGUCGAGCAGUACAGGAGUAAAUGCUAAGGAAAUUUUGAACAAGGUGCUGAAUAAUCAACUUUGGAUUGGUAACAGAGGUGAAAUAUUACACAGAUACCAAAAAUUGCAUCUUUUCGACAUCAAUAUUGAAAAUGGGCCCAUCUUGAAAGAGUCGAACUCGGUGGAACCGGGAAGUAGUGUUUUGAAGCCAUUUCCAAUCAACACGUCAAGUUUAUCGGAGUUCCUAAUAGGGUUUGCCACAUGUUACGAUAUUAGGUUCCCUGAAUUGGGCUUGCGCUUGAGAAGUUUAGGGGCUAACAUUAUUACGUAUCCGUCUGCGUUCACCACCAAAACGGGCCAGGCCCAUUGGGAGCUAUUGGCCAGGGCGAGAGCUGUAGACACACAAUGCUACGUGGUAAUGGCAGCGCAAUGUGGUGAACACGACACGGGGGGCGACAAAAAAAGGAUCAGCUACGGUAACUCGAUUAUCAUUGAUCCUUGGGGCAAUAAGAUAAGUGAGUGUCACAAAUAUAACGAAGAUUUGGUAGUGGAUUCCGAGGGCGAUUACUACGAAAUGUGUGUGGCUGAUCUCGACUUGGAUAUGGUCGAGAAGACUAGAAGAGAUAUGCCGUUGAUGACCCAUAGAAGACCCGAUGUAUUUGGAAACGAAGUAUAG